GCAGCACGUUGAGACCAAUCUUACUGGACAAUAAUACUUGUAACCCCUCAUGCACGACAGGAAAGGGAGGAGCUUAAUUUAAUGUGUCUAUACUGGCUGUUGGAUUGUAGCUAUGUUACAUUCCUAGACUCUAAUUCAGACCCGCAGAGGAGGUUUGGUAGUGCACGCUAAGUUCUAAUAAAUUAUUCGUAUCAAGGGUAUAAAGUCAAUGGAUUGCACACUUGUUUUUAGGGCGUCUGUAAACGUUUGUGUUUGGGCUAAAUCAAUUUAUAGAUAGUUUAAACUAUUGCUCCAGUAUACAUUCCUAUAUGUAUAUGUGCAUGGAAUCUCCAUUGUUUAUCAUGCUAGAAUAAAAUGGCUGAAGAUACGUUUAGAGCUCGGAUUAAUGCUGAAAUCAAAAAGAAAGUGAAGCCCACUGUCAAAGUCGUGGCCAGAGAAAAAUUUAACUCAUGUCACAUUGACAGAGAUGACUUGCAGACAUUCCUCGAUGCUAUUAGUGUGACAAGAAUUGAGCCUGUCGCCCCAUCACGUGUACACCAGGGUCAAAAACAUGUUGAGACAAAUCUAACUGGUCAAGAAUACUUGUUUCCAGGCAACCCCUCACGACAGAAAGAGAAAAAGUUUAAGGCGAGCACAGGAGCACAUUCAAACUUAACUCACCCAGUGGUAGGUGCUAGAGCUAAAGGUAAAGCCAGUUGGACUGCAAAUGAACAGCUUCAAGAGCAACCAAUAACUAUUUCACAUAUAUCCCAAAGGACACUUGAUCGAAAGUCCGUACAUCACGUUUAUAAGCUUCAUCUAACGGUUCAAGCCGACUCUGAGAUUCGAGUGUAUUGUACUAAGCCACUUGUGAUUGGUGCAUCAACUGUUGGUAUUCUUGGUGCCCUCGGAGGUACUGCUGGAGGGAUAGCUGCAGGGGCUGCGGUUGGAUCGAUUGUGCCGGUGGCAGGGACGAUUGUGGGUGGAAUUGUUGGCGGUAUUUUGGGUGCUGUGGGUGGUCUUAUUGUAGGCAGCUCUGCUGGAGCGGGAGCAGGUGUGGGCUUUGGAGCUGUCCAUAGUAGCAGAACAUACAAGAUGAUGCAAGCUAGCGAAGUUUUCAAAAAGAUGCAGGGUUCGCCAGGCAACAAAAGCACCAGUGCUUUGCAGUGUACUAUUGUUGCUAACUUUGUUGACCCUUUAGAGGAACGUGCAUUAACACCUGCUACAAAAAAAAAAAAAAACUUUUGUGCAAUUUUACGCUGCUGGUAUAUAAUAGUUAUAUCAGGGCUAUUGAGUUAGCAUGCUAGUAUUUUGUGAGAUGUUAAAAUUCUGCUUCUGCAAAUAAACUAACUCUGUAUAUGUGGUUAUUUAGUGUAUAGUAAAUUUAAUGUGUGCUGUUGGAUUAAAUGUUCAUUAAUUAUUAUAUUGUUUACAUUCCUAUAGACUCCGCACUUUUUUGUAUUGCUACUGGGCAUGGGAAGCAUAUAUGGUAUAGCGGAAGGUAUAAACUUUCGCGGAAUAGCAGCCUUUUUGCAGCAUGCAUGCAUGCGAUAUUAAAUUCAUGGCCACGGAACGCUUCCCGAAUUCAGCGUUGGUAGUUACCUCAAUAAUUAUGUUAUUGUGAUAUUGCUAGGAUUAGACUGGUAAGCCAGUAGAAUUUUAACCGUGAUCAAGUAAAUAAUUUAGCUAGUUGUGUGUCAUAGUUACCUCAAUGCUAUUACAGUUAGAACAGUGUAUAAUUAUAGAUGUUCUGUAUUUUAUAACUCUGUGGGUGGUUAUACAGCGUAUAUAGGGUGCUGUGAUUAGAGAUGCUGUAUUGUUACCAUGGAGUUUUUUGUAGUUGUAAUAACGACCAUCAGAUAUGUACAUGCUAACUCCAUAGAAAACCUUCUUGGGGCAUGUGCUAUUGUUAUACUAACGUUGUUUGUUUGGCUUACAUGCAUAUGUGAGAUUGAUAAUUCUACUGGCGUGCAAAUAAAUGUUGUCAUAAUUAUAAUGAUUGAGUUUGUCAUUCUCCUAUUAUAAUAUGAAUAGCUAUUGAGCUACUACCGUAUAUACGUACAUUUGUUGGGGCAUGGGAGUAGCUAUAGCCUACAAGUAAUGCCCUAAGGGACUUGAGAUUUCAAGGAAUUUAAUCACGCAGGCAUACAUUCAUCUAUUAAUUGUGUCUAUAUCUCUAUUGAAAAGUACUUGCUACCUAUAAGCUACCUCACCUUGGAUACAACUAGCUAACAGUCUCAAAAACUAUUGAAAACGAACAAAAAGCUUGUGCGUAUAUAUAGCUUGAAGCCAGUGCUAAGCUUUUAGCUCUGCGCACUAACUUGUUAAUGAUAAUACAUAGGUAUAAUUAUGAUGAUAAUCACCUUAAUAAGUGUGUGUGCGUGUGACAGAAUGGAGUAGCAGGAUUGUUAAAAUACUACGGUGAGCAAAUAGAUUUUGUAACUGAGUGUGUCAUUACAUAUUUAGUGUGGUGAUAAUCACCUUAAUAAGUGUUUGUGCGUGUAACAGAAUGGAGUAAAGAUUGUUAAAAUACUACUGUGUGUAAAUAUUGGAACUGAGUGUGUCAUUACAUAUCUAGUGUGGUACCUUUAACGUGCACGUGUUGGGUUGUGUCUAUAAUUAUGUUAAUGUGCUUACAUCUACAAAUUCCUGCACUUAAUGUGUUGGCAGGAAGUGGAUGUGUUCUUUCACUAUUACUAGCUAUAUACGUAUCUGUGUUCACUUUAGGCUACAAUUAAGGAACUCUACGUUAGAUAUCUGUUAAGAACUGAGCUGUUGCUACUGUUGAAACAUUCAGUUGUGUUUAUAAAAUGUCUAAUCCUGAAGCGGAUAUUAAAGCUCACAUCAAACCCAAGAUACGAGCAUCUCUUGAGACAGUUGCAAAAGAGAAGCAUCCUACUGGAUUCGAAAUAUUAGAUGAAUUCGAGGAGCUCAUGGAAAUCAUCACGAUUGAGAGGAUAAGAUCUAAUAAGAACUGUUCCUCAUCCUUAUCAAUGCCUAACUCCCCUCUACACGCUCACAGAGUUUGUAUUAGCGUUCAAGCCGAUUUCAAAAUUCGUAUAUAUCCCCUGCUUCCAGCCGGAGUAGGAGCGACUGUUGGAGGUACUGUUGGUACUGUCGGAGGUACUGUCGGAGGGAUAGCUGCAGGGGCUGCGAUUGGCUCCAUUGUUCCGGUGGCGGGGAACAUCAUCGGUGGAAUUAUUGGUGGGAUUGUCGGUAGUUUAAGUGGUUUUGGUUUUGGCGCGGGUGUUGGAGGUGGAACAGGUGCUGCAGUUGGAUUAGUUCGUGUUACCACUGUUUGCGCUUCUGACAUUUUUCUGAAGUUAGAAGAGUAUUCGAUGGACAAGAACCACAACAUUUGUCGCUGUGUAUUGACCGCACCCACCAAGUGCCCAAGUGGCGACGAGGAACCUGACAAUUCGGGACCAUAAAAAUAAUUAUGUUGCAGAAUGAUUGUGUUGUUUUCGAAUGCCUCAAGUAUAGUUGUAAGUUAGCACUCAUAUAAUAACGUGAACACUAUAGAAGAGUAGGAUUGUCUCAGCAAGUGCUGUGCAAAAGCUUCCCGAUUUCAACUGUGAUCAAACAAACAAUUUAGCUAGCUGUGUUGUCGUAGUUACUUCAAUAAGUUCUUGUGCUAUAGAACAGUGUAUAAUUAUAGAACAUCUAUAAUUAUGUGGGUGCAUGGUUAUAUAGCAUAUAGGGUAGUGUGAUUAGAGAUGCUGUAUUCUGUGUAUAGGUGUGAUGCUGUUACCAUAGAGUUUUUUGUAGUUGUAAUAACGACAUCAGAUAUGUACAUGCUAACUCCAUAGAAAACCUUCUUGGGGCAUGUGCUAUUGUUAUACUAACAUUGUUUGCAGAGAACCAUGCAUGCGCCUUCUAUCAAGGCUCUUGGUCUGCUAACCAGUAUGCGCCUAUUUGUUGAUGUGCGCUUGACCAGAUUAUACGUUAUGUACUUACUGUUGUUGGGGCAUGUGAGUAGUGAUAAUGGUGAUUGUGUGGUAGCUAGCUAAAAUUAAUUAUGUUCAUUGGGUAGAUAGCCUAUAUAAGUAAUGCCCUAAGGGACUUGAGAUUUCAGGGAAUUCAUUCAUACAUCAUCUAUUAAUUGUGCCUACCCUCUAUAUUGUAAAGAGCCAUGCAGGUUAAUAGGCUUCAAAGUCUCCAUAGCAGCUUGUAGUUUCAUAGCAUGUGUUAGCAUUUGUACUGUGUUAUAUAAUUAUUAAGUUUCAGUGAGAUUGUUAAAGUUCUUCACGUGUGCAAACAAAAUAAUUUUUUUGACUCUGUGUAAUUAUUUAGCAGGUCAUAAUUUAUACCAUAAUCGCAUGUUGUCCUAUUAUUCACUGUGAUUCGUACAGUGAUUAAUCGCGUAUCAGUAAUUGCACGUCGUCAAGGCAGUAAUUGCACGUUGUCAUUAACGACGUGCAAUUACUGCCUUGACGACCGCACGUUCGAAUAACGGCCGCGGUUAAUCUUUUUACUGAAACUGUAGCUAAAACCUUAAAACUGCAUCACAAACGAUUAACAAUCAAUAGUAUGGCUACUCGAGUAACAAGCACUGGCAAGGUUAAUAGCACUACUAAUUAUAUUAUAUCCCAUGCAUGCAGGGUCUUUUCCAAAACUAGGAAAUUAUGGCCCAUUCCAAAUUUGAUACCAUCUAAAAGAGCUCCUUCUAAGCGAUCAUAAAAUCGUUGAAUUUGACUUUAGACACUAGUUGAUAAGAUCUACAUGGGAAGUACAUGGGAAAAGUGCCGCAGAGCAGGUAUACUAUGUAACUUACUUAGUGUAUACCUAGUAUUCCGUUGUCAAGUAAUUGUAUUGUAGUCAAGCCUCGAGGGCAAGGUUUAAAUGAGUUAGACACUGUUUUGUCAGUGUCCAUGUGAUUUAUAGUACUUUUGUAUAAUCUGUUGGAUUGUGGCUAUAUUAUUAUGCUGUUUACUACAGAGUCAGGUGGCUGGCUAUAACCAUCAGAUUAAUUAUAGUUUCAGUAUUUCUUCUUAAUGUGGAAUCUCCAUAAUAUUAUACUGCUGUUGGGUUGUAGCUAUGACAUUCCUAGACUCUGCACUUUUAGGGGGAGCGCUAUUAAUUACAGCAGCAGGAAGUAGAUAUGAGUGUAUGUUUACAAGCUACGUAUAUAUAUAUGUGUACUGUCUUAGAAACUCCACAGUUAGAGAACUAGCCCAGAACUACACUGUUGCCUGCCACUGCAUGUUGGACAUCUUUAGCCUUGUUUACAAAUGUCUGACCUUGAAGAGAACGUUAAAGCUCGCAUCCAACCCAAGAUACGUGCAGCUCUAGAGACAUCUGCUAAAGAAAGGCAUCCUAAUGGAUUUAGGAUAGACAAAGAUGACUUAAAGAGGCUCAUGAAAAACAUCACGAUUGAGAGGAUAAUAUCUAAUGACAACUGUAAACCAAACGCCCUCCCACACGCACACAAAGUGUGUGUCAGUGUUCAGGCGGACUUCCAAAUUCGUGUAUAUUCUUCAAUUCUGGUCAAGAAAGGAGCAGCUAUUGGGUGUUGUGCUGGUGCAACUAUUGGUAUUUUCGGAGGUACCGUUGGAGGGACCGGUUCAGGAGCAUUUUUUGGAUUGGUGGUCUUAGCAUCGUAUAGGGUAUUAUUUGGACUUAUUGGUGGGGUUGUCGGUGGCAUAGGUGGUGUUAUUGUUGGCAGUGGUUUUGGAGCUUAUAUUGGUGCGUAUGCAGGGGCGGUUAAUGGAGCAGCUGAUAGUAGCAUGGUUUGUGCUUCGCAAGUUUUGGUGAACUUUGACGAGUAUUCGAGUGACAGUAACACUUGUCACUGUGUACUGACCGCACCCACCCAGUGCCCAAGUGGCGACGAGGGACCUGACAACGAGGUUCAGAACGAUACUAGCACAGAACUCUAAAUGUUAAAUGUUGAAUGAUUUUGUUAUUAUGGCAAUAAUGAUAUUUGUAAUUGUCCUACCCAAAUAAAUAAAACUAUUAUAUUCACCUUGAUAAGUUAAUAUCUGGAUUAGACAGGUAUGCCGCGCCAAUACAUGUUCUGUAGCGGUUGUAAUGUGUGUAUGUGAUGCCACCAUAAUUAUGUAUUUACUUUUCUAACUUCCUGGAAACCGCGGUAUUCUUUAUUGUGGUAUUCAUAGACAUUCCUCAUGUAGAAUCUCCAUUGGUUAUCCUCAGGUGCAUUAAGGACUGGGACCAACAUAAAAAAGACAUUUAUAAGAGGCACUUCAACCUGCUGCUGUUUACUGUGUAUAUUAAUCUGUGCAAAACUUUUAUGAUGAAAUGAAACACUGGCUUCCAUUCUCUAGGAAAAUAUUAAAAUGAAGCCCCGCCCACUAAUUGAUCAGUGGGGGUGGUCCGUUUUGUCGAAGCACUAUUUCACUUUUCUAUUGAAAAAUCGGCGUUUAAACACUAAGUCUACUAGCUAUUGCUGCUGCUCAUUAUACUUAGUUCUAUCUAAGCUAACAACUCACUCUAGCGCUUAGCCCUCCUGGUCUUUGCAAGGGAGAAAUAACAGAAAGUUGUUUGAUGUAGCAGUCUCAUCUUGGAUAGUAGGCUUCCCAGGGACAUGGUCAACAAUUUUUUGACAAAGUACAGGGAUAAAUCAGCUAAGGAAGGUUUAUGGAAGUCAUCUAUUGCCUCGCAAGCUUUACUAGAGGGUGUUUUAAACGCCGACUAAGUCACUUCUCUAAACUAGCUGAAUAAUAAUCAAGCUGGCGCUGUGCUAAUGCCUCUCGCCAUGUUUUUGCUUUCGCUGAAAAGUAUUAGAGUGUUAUAUUAGUUUCUAUAAUGAAUAUUAAAGUUAGCUUAUCUAUAUAAAGUCACUGAGAAGAAAAGACUUAUUUACAUGCAUCUAUUGCUGUAUUAUGUGGCUUACCAGGACCUCAAGAAAGAAGAAAAUUGAUUCUUCCAGGAUCUAUGUAGUUCAGUGUAUAUAAUAUCUAAGAAGAAAAGACCUGUGUACAUGCAUAUUGUUAUCUAUAUUGUUAUAUGGUGGCUUACCAGGCCUUCAAGACAAAGAUGAUUCUGCCAGGAGGAUCUGGAUCUGGAUCUUGGAUAUUAUUUCUCACACAUGGGGAAUGAGCGCGCAUGCGCAUUACAUCCACAGGAAUAAUUAAAGGGUGUGUCCAAAGAGAUCAAUUUUCACAAAUGGCUACUGCAUGCUAGCUAGCUGUUUUAACAGAUAUUUUCUGAGUAUUGUAGCUAACAAAAAGCUAGCGCUUUAGUGCAAGGCCAACUCAUAUGUUGAAUAGAAAGUUUGUGCGGACAGAUGAUGCUAUGAAAGAUUCUGAAGAGACUGCAACAGCCUUCAAUUCAGCUUUACCGUAUCCCUCGUGCGGCUACGCCUCGAGGCAUAAUUACUGCAAAAUGAAAAGGGAGUUGUAUGUUGAAGUAAUGAACGCGUGGGCGGAACCAUGGCGACCGUGUGGGCGGGGCUUAUAAUUUGCAAAUUCAGCAAUAAUUGAAGGUCCCAGUCCUUAGUGCACCUGAGUCAUGAGUUCCUCGAGUCAUUCUAAGUAUAGAACAAAAUGGCUGAAAAUGAGAUUACAGCUGAAAUCAGAAAGAAAGUGCAGGCUGCUGUUGAAGCUCUGGCCAAAGAAAAGUUUAAUGAGUCAUCUCACAUUGACAGAGCUGACUUACAGACUUUCCUCGAUGCUAUUAGUGUGAUAAGAAUUGAGCCUGUCGCCCCAUCUUGUGUACUCGAGGGUCAACAACUCGUUGAGACCAAUCGUACAGAGCGAGAAUACUUGUUUCCAGGCAACCCCUCAUUGCAGAGAAAACGGGAGAGUAAUGCUAAUGCAAGUGGACAUUUAAACUUAGUUCACCCACCGUUAACUGGUGCAGUUGAAGGUAGUGUCAGUUUCACUGCAAAGGAACAGCUUGACGAGCAACCAAGACCUAUUCCACCUAAUGCCCAAAGAACACAUGAGCAAAAUACCUCAACUCACAUUUAUAAGCUGUAUCUAACUGUUCAAGCCGACUGUCUGGUUCGUGUGUACGGUAGUAAGCCACUUGUGAUUGGUGCUUCAACUGGAGGUGGUGUUGGAGCUGUUGCUGGCACUGCCACAGGGAUUGCUGGAGGGAUAACUGUGGGAGCUUUGGCUGGUUCCGUUGUCCCUGUAGCGGGUACGAUUGUGGGCGGAAUUAUCGGUGGUGUUGUCGGUGCUGUGAGUGGUCUUGUUGUGGGUGCCAGUGCUGGAGUUGGAUCAGGUGUUAGCGUUGGAGCUGUCCAUAGCAAGAGAACGUACAAGAUGAUUCAAGCUCGCGAAGUUUUCAAAAAGUUAGAGAAUUUCUCAAUUGACGGAGCCAAUGCCUGUCAGUGUACUAUUGUCGCUAACACUCUUAGCUCUUUGGAUCACCAUAUCUUAGAACCUGCUACAUGAUUAACUUUGUAUUCUCCUGAAUAAAUUGUUGUGUUAGCUAUUGAGCUGCUACCAUAAUUACAUUUGUUUGGGCAGGGUGUAGUGAUGAUGACAAUCAUGUGGUAUAUACAGCUUUAGCUAAUUAUGCUCAUUGAGAAGAUAGCCUACAAGUAAUGCCCUAAGGGGCUUGAGAUUUCAGGGAAUUCAUUCAGACUCAGACAUGCAUUCAUCUGUUGUUAUAAUACAGCCAGGUUAAUGGGCCCGCUAGGUCUCCAAUGGCUACCCUCUAUAAUACAGCCAUGCCCUCAAGAUCCAGCUUGUGUUUUCAUAGCAUGUGUUUAUUAGUAUUUCCUGCUAAUACAGUAUUUUUUUAGUCUACUUAUAAUUAUUUGUAACUCUAUGUGACCAUGUGAUUAUGUUUGGUGUAUGUGGUAUAUGUAGCCUUAAAAUAGAGCAUCUUUGAACGGCCAUAACAUUAGUUUCAUUGGUCUAAUAACGUUAAUUAAGUAGAGGCCUUUUAGAUAAUGUGUUAAAAUGAACAGUCUAGUUUGGGCCUGUUUUUCAAAAUACCAUGGGCUAUUUAUAGCUCAUCGUCUUUUCCCGAAAGUAGGAAAGUAUGGCUCGUUCCAAAUUUGAGGUUUGAGCAUACUAUCUAAAAAAGCUCUUUCUAAGCUUUCAGAAAAAUCGUUGAAUAUGGACCAUCGGAACUUUAGUUACAAAGCUGACUCUAGUACUUUCAGAACGAAGGGGAACUGCAUGUACGUACCAUGCAUGUGUGUAUGCUGUUGGAUGUGGCUAUUUUAUAGAUAUUGUUUACAUUCUUAAACUCUGCACUUUUAUGUACUGUUACUGGGAAGCAUAUACAUUACAAUAACAGGAAGUGGAUGCAUGUGUUUGUAUGCUUGCACUGUUACUAGCUACGUAUAUAUAUCUGUGUGUAUACUCUACAAGCAAGAAACUCCACAGUUAGAGAACUAGUCUAGAACUGCUACUAUUGGGACAUCUUUACAAAAUGUCUGAUCCUGAAGAGAUCAUUAAAGCUCGCAUCAAGCCCAAGAUACGAGCAGCUCUAGAGACAGCUGCAAGAGAGAUGCAUCCUAAUGGAUUCCGCAUAGACAAAGACAAUUUUGAGAGGCUUAUGGAAAUUAUCACGAUUGAGAGGAUAUUACCUAACGACAGCUGUAAACCAAACUCCCCCCCACACGCACACAGAGUGUGUAUCAGUGUUCAGGCAGACUUUCAAAUUUGUGUGUAUCUCGCACUCCCUGUCAAGAAAGGAGCUGCCCUUGCAGGAGAUGUUGUCACGGUGGCUGGUGCUACCGGAGGUACCGCUGGAGGGAUAGCUGCGGGGGCUCUGAUUGGCUCCGUUGUGCCAGGGGCGGGGACUCUAGUAGGCGGACUUAUCGGUGGGAUUGUCGGUGGCAUUGGUGGUCUGUUUGCCGGUGGAAAUAUUGCGGCAGAAUCUAAAGCGGAAGAAGAAGAAGCUAACGACAAACAUGACGUUGUUCGCACUACUGAAGUUUUUAAGAAGUUGGAAGAAUUUUCGAGCGACAAGAACAACAACACGUGUAGCUGUAUGGUGACUGCACACAUGCAGUGCCCCGGUAUUGUUGACAAGGGAAACCCCCCUGAGGAUGUCGUUGAUAAGGGAAACCACCCUGAGGACCACCAAUCUGACAAUGAUAAAACAGAGUGAUAAAUAAUCUGCAUGAAUGGUAGUAUAUAGAUAACUUACCGCUUGAGCUAGACUGAUUUGUUUCAGAAGUUACUGUGUAUAACCAUUCUCAUACGAAAACUCUAAUGCUGAAUGAUAUUGUGUUGUUCUCAUUUGCCUCAUUAACUUUGUAAUAAUUAUUCUGAAUUAUUGAUUUUGUUAGAAUACUUAUGCUUCAUGUUUUGAGCAAAAGAUCAAACACAUGUGUAAAGCAUCUAACAUUCUUAUUAUUGACUUUUUAA